AUGGCGCUGCUCUUCCCACACCCCACCCUCUCCCCCAAACCUCCCUUCCCCUCAACACGGCCACGGCGUACCACCCGUAUCAGCGGCGCCUCCUCCGCUCUCCCUUCCGCCGCGGCGCCAUCCCCAUCCACCUCCUCGCCGUACAAGGCGCCGGCGCCGGAAGGCGGCGCGGAGGUAAGUAAGAAGAAGAAGAGGAGGAACCUCAAGCCGAGCUUCGAGGAGCAGGCCCUCCGCCGCUGGUCCGCGAGGGCGCCCUCACAGCGCGCCUCCUUCCCCUGGCAGCAGCCGCGGCCGGCUCACCGAGAAGACGAAGCCGCGCACGCCCAAGAGCCCACCAGCGCCACGUUGCGGUCCAUCGUCGAGUACUUUGACUACGACUCCUCGGCUGGUGGCGACGGCGGUGUUGAUGUUGGUGCUGCUGCACGAGGCGACAGAGGAGCGGGCGAGAGCAAGAAUAGUGUAGCUCUCGGCGAAGCGGCCCAGGUUCGGGACGAAGAGCCGCGUUCCCAGCCGAGUUAUCUGCUCGGGAGCCGGCCGGUCUCCGCGCCGUGGAUGCACGGGCAAGAAAGACACGCCGCCGUCGACCGGCUGGUCUCGGGUCCGGCGGAUGAUGGAGACGAGGAAGACGCUGACAGGAACAGUGUGUUCGACGAUGGGCUAGGUUCGGUGGAUGAAGAAGAGGAAUGGGUGGACAAUGUUGCGGUAUUGCAAGAAGAGCCAAUUGCCGAGGACUUAUUGGAAGGGGAAUUGUAUGAGGAUGAGGAUCCUGCCUCGCCGACAUCAAAUUCUUCUUUCCAGCUGGAUUCUAUACCGGAGCGAGGUUCUACAGGCAGUGGUUUCGAUACGAGUGCUAGACGAAGCAGUGUAAGCUCAAUCGUCAACACGUUGAGGAAUUCCAUGGAGGAAAGUGCCACAAUUGGGCGUUCGGACGCGGAAGAUUUCGUCCAGAAGCUUGGUCCAGUGCUGCUUCCAUGGGAGAGGGAGGACGCUUCUGAUGGCGGCAUGCGAAGGAAGCAUAGCAAUUCCGAGCUGGCAGAGAGGACUAUCCCAGAACCGGAGCUCCGGAGGCUUAGAGAUGUGGCGUUGAGGAUGAAGGAGAGGAUGAGGGUUGGCCCAGGAGGGGUUACUCAGGCCAUUGUGGAGACCAUCCACAGCAAAUGGAGAGUGGAUGAGGUGGUCAAGAUGAGGUUCGAAGGCCCUCCAAGCCUGAACAUGAAGAGAACUCAUGAGUUGCUAGAGGACAGGACUGGAGGAACUGUGAUAUGGAGGUCAGGGAGGUCGAUUGUCUUAUAUCGAGGGAUGAACUACAACCUUCGAUGUGUGCAAUCAUAUGCCAAAACAGCGGAAGUUGAUUCGUGUCAAGAGGCUGGUGAUGCCAUUAGUGCUGCACCCAGCUCUUUGGAGCGCAAUUUGCAAAAGUCAAGUGCAAACGACGUGAGAGCGACAUCUAUUGUGAUACCCUCUCAAGAAGCUACGGAAACAUUUGAUAUCGAUAGCUUCUUGGAUCAGUUGGGACCACGGUACAAGGAUUGGUCUGGUCGCAGCCCCAUCCCUGUGGAUGCUGACUUGCUUCCCGGUUUAGUUCCUGGGUACAAGCCACCAUUUAGGCAACUUCCUUACAGGACUAAAAUUAGUUUGAAAGAUAAGGAAAUGACAGCUCUGCGUAGACUUGCAAGACAAACUACUCCACAUUUCGCUCUAGGGAGAAACAGGGAACACCAAGGCCUAGCUACUGCUAUUGUUAAAUUGUGGGAGAAAAGUUCUAUUGUAAAGAUUGCUAUCAAGAGGGGGGUGCCGAACACAUCCAAUGAUAGAAUGGCAGAGGAAAUCAAGAAAUUGACAGGAGGAGUACUUGUCUCGAGGAACAAGGAGUAUAUUAUUUUCUAUAGGGGAAAUGACUUCGUAACGCCUAAAGUAAGGCAGGUAUUGGUGGAACAGCAACAACACGCAAUCACUCAGCAGGAUCAAGAAGAGCUGGCCCGGCUUAAAGCAUCAGCCUCAAUUGCUCCCAUCUCCAAUUCAUUAAAGAACCCUCUAGUUGCUGGCACUCUUGCAGAAACCAGAGAAGCCACAUCUCGAUGGGGGGAAUCACUUAACGAUGAGCUGAGGAAAAAGGAGAAUACUCGCUUGAUUUUGGCAAAACAUACCUCUCUUUUGAGGAACAUGAAGAGAAAACUGAUUUUGGCGAAAACAAAAGUUGCAAAAGCAGAGAUGGCUUUGGCCAAAGUUCAGAAAUAUCUGUCUCCAGCAGAGCUUCCAACUGAUCUGGAAACUGUUACAGAUGAGGAGCGUUUCUUAUUUCGCAGAAUUGGCCUGAAAAUGAAGGCCUUUUUGAUGCUUGGCAGACGAGAAGUUUUUGAUGGAACUGUGCAAAACAUGCACUUUCAUUGGAAGCAUCGAGAGUUGGUCAAAAUUGUUGUGAAGGGGAAGACCUUUGAACAAGUGAAACAUAUUGCUAUUUCUCUAGAAGCUGAGAGUGGAGGCGUGCUCAUUGCACUCGACAGGACAACAAAAGGAUAUUCGAUAAUUUUCUACCGUGGUAAGAACUAUAAAAGGCCCGAAGUUAUAAAGCCACGGAACCUAUUGACAAGGAGAAAGGCAAUGGCGAGGUCUAUUGAGCUCCAAAGGCGAGAGGCAUUAAAUCACCAUAUCUCAGUUCUGCGACACAAGAUCUGGAAGAUGAAGUCCCAGCUUGUACAGAUGAGGGCAGCUGGGGAAAGGCAGGAUGCAGGGUUACUCCAAACGGUUGAUGAGGAUUUGUCUUCAGAUGAUGAUAAUAUAGAGGAUGAAGGAGAUGAAGCUUACCUCCAAACUUACAUCAGUGACGACGAGGAUGAUGCCGACAAUGAUUCCAACGAAUAUCUCUGAGUUGUGGCAGUUUGAACUGAUGAAAAUCCAGGCUAGUGUUCUUCCCUCACAUAGCCACAGUUCAAAAUAAGACAAAUUCCAUAUGUAAGGCGGUGCUUGCCCCUGUGGUCUCGACUUCUGCACUGCUAGAGCACACUGAUAGCAUGUAGUUCUGAACUGAAGAUGUUGGCAGUACGUGGCUCAUAUGGCUCCUUGCCAACAGGUCGAAGUGUAACGCCUGUUGCCGAUAGUGAGUUCCAAAACAAACAAGGCUGCAACCCCAGUGGCAUCAUUGUUCUACAGAUUCGACAAGUUUUCCUCUGGCAAGCCCAAGCCAGUCUUUCUUGGGAGGAGGAGGAGGUCUGCAAGAGAAAGUCUAAACGAGACUUCGGUGCGUUCCUCUUGCAGCAGCUGUAAAUUGCUGUAUGUAGUGUUUGAUCUACUCUACAGAUUCUACUGAUGCUGGAUAUUUCUGGAAGGCACUAAUUUCUGGGGACUUUUGCAGCGCUGA